AUGCCCAAUUUCGACGCUGGGAACCCGGGAACGAGGGACGUACCGGAUCAAGCCGAUCUUGACAGCGGCGUGAAUUCGGGGACGUCCACCCCUGCACGAGCAGGACCGUCCAACAGCAACAACAACUCGCCGGCAUCUGCUGGCGGCAAGACGUAUUCGGGUCUUAUCCCCGCUGCGGACCCCGUCACGGGCAGGCUAGACCCGAAUGAUCCUGCCGUCAAGGCCUUGACCGAAGCGGCUUUGGCCAUGGACAAGAGCAAGAUUCCACGGCCUUACAAGUGCCCGCUGUGCGACCGUGCGUUUUACCGGUUGGAACAUCAGACCCGACAUAUCCGUACACAUACGGGCGAGAAACCUCAUGCAUGUACACAUCCUGGGUGCGACAAGAGGUUCUCGAGGUCGGACGAGUUGACGAGGCACGCAAGGAUCCAUCUGCCUAACGCUACGGCCGCUUCGAUCAACGCUGCCAACAAUGCCGCCGGUUCGAACGGUCUCAACUACCCUAACGACUCGAACUUGUUUGGCGCGCACUACUCUAUGGGUCAAGGCCAUCGCGAUAGCUACCCAGGCAACGUGCACGCGAUGAACUUUGCCAUCGACCCUGAACUCGCCGCCGUUCAGAACCAGAACGGCCCGGGCAACGAGAUGAACGCGCUCGCCGCUGCCGCUACGGACCAACUGUACGAGAUGGAGCGAGGAGAGGCGUUGAGGAGGGCCGAGUUUGAGAUGCGUCAUAGGCAGAUGAUGAGUGGGGCUGCUGGGAACGGUUCGCCUAGCGGGACUCCUAACCCGUACUCGAGCAUGUCCAACGAGCGAGGUGGACUCCACGCCAACGGUCCGAGCGCCUCUUCUCAAGGCGGUUUCGGUCAACCCAACAUGAUCUACCCCGUCUCGGCCGCUCAGCCUGCCAACCAUCUCCACGGCGCGGUUCCCGCGGGUACGCUCGCGGAUCCGACCUACCUCUUGCCACCGACAUGUCAUCACGACGAGUGCCACAAGAGCUACCGUAAGAGGCUCAAGCUGGCCAAACAGACCCAGGCUUGUCCGAAUUGUUUGACGCUGAGCAACCCGGUAUCGGCCAACUUUUCGAGUUCGGUACCGACGAGUGCUCCUCUGGGCUCGGGGCCAGGCGAAAGCAACCACUCGUCCAGCUCCAACACGCCUCAGACCAGGAGCCUCGCCGGUUCUCAUGAAGACCUUGCUUCGCUUGGAGCGGCUCUUGGCGGCAUGAUGCAUCAGCAACAGAUCAUCCAGCAACACCUCCAACGCCUCGCUGCCAACCAAGCUCAACAGAGGCAGAAUCAACAAAAGCUGUUGGCACAGCUCAAGUCUCAGAGCAACGCCCAUGGGUAUUCUCAACCUGGAGGCUCAUCCUCGGCACCUAGCUCGUUCAAGCGACCGAGCGGGUCGUACAUGAUGAACCAGUCGGCUCCUCAACAGAUGUCUCGCCAACCUGGUGCCAAUUCGCAUCGGCAAGGGCACACCUUCCACUCGAAUCCCAACUCGGCCGCGGCGUCGCCUACCUCGGCGUCGUCCGAAGACGACUUUGACGACCCAGCCCGGCCGGUCGGGCAAGGAUUCGAUUUUACUCCCUUGACUAGCCCCGUCCUUGGAUCGAUGAAGAGCAUGUCCGGUCACUCGCAUCGUCAUGGUCCUCAUGCGCCUCAUCUGCACCUUGGGGGAUUCACGGCUCCCACCUCGUUGAGCGGAACGCCGAGUCAUUCUCGCGGGCCGAGUCGAGCCAACAGCCCUGAACAUCAUCACGAGGGGCACCUGGCCGGAAGCGGGAAGCACGGUGGGCACACGAGCCACAUGGCAAGGGAUGCCAAGUACAAGGUGCAUCCGUACGGCCAUGGACACCAUCACACGAUCGCGACUCCUGCCAGCAUGUCUGGGCACAGUUAUCCUCGAGGGUCGGUCAGUAACAGAGCCAGCCCUCCACCCAGGCUGGCUCGAACGCAUUCGAGCUCGCAGAUCAGCUCGCAGUCGCAUCCGGGUUGGAACCAGCCCCAGUCAGGGGGAUCAUCGAAGAACUCGGUGGAGGACAUCUUGAACACUCCUGCCGUGGCUUCGGACCGAAUCUUGCCGCCUCCCAACACGUCGUUCGGCAACCACUUUACAUCGAAAUCGGUCCCGGCGUCAUCUCACAACAGUCCGGCGCAAUCGAGGGCUGCCAGUCCCGGUACUUCGACCGCGCCUCCUUCUGCUUCGACCGGACAAGGCACCGACAUGCGAAACCUGUCUCGGGGUGUGCGAGCGGCGUUUGGCAUGACCCCCAUUCACGAUCGUUCUCCGACGACGGCUGAGGCGAGGCCAUUCUCCCCACCCCGCCAGCCGAGGUAUGUUCCAGGUUGGACGUCGCCGGAUGAAUUGGGCAAGAACCAAAACAAGCUACCACCCCUGGGCAAGGGUCAGAACCAGGGACAAGGAGUCUUGCCGAGUCUGAGUCGAGCCGGAACCCCGACACCGGGAGAGAGCGGCGCCAUGGAAGUGGACCCGCGUGGAUAA